CGAGGUCCCGCCAAAAAACUAUCAGCUCCAGAGAUCUGGGACUUUUUCUCGUCGCAUGCUAUCUCCAGUCGGAACCACUACCUACUGUACUACUGUACUCUUGAAUCGUCCAAUUGAACAGACAAUCUGCCUCUGUUCUCGGGGGAUCAACCAUCACGAUGUCUCUUGCCACAGGAAAGACGAGGACAAAGCUCGAGGUGGCUGUUGAGCGGCCUACACCUUACACCUUCGAUCUCGGCCUACUACUAGCAAACGAUGCAAACCCCAUAAACACAUCAACACCAGCCGAGAGCACGUCGAUGGGCGUCGACCCACUUGAAGCGCAGCUUAUUGCAACAGCACGGGACGGUGCGCAAGGUCUAAUAAAUCAACUCCUAACAACAUGUCCGAUCUCUUCCACACCACAAGGUGUGCUACUAUCACUCCCGCCCCCCAGCACCUCUCUGCCGCGCGAGAAGCCGGUGCCCGAGCCCAAGGCCCCCACGAAAUGGGAGCAGUUCGCCGCGAAGCGUGGAAUAAAGCCGACGACGCGCGAGCAGCGACGCAUGAAGUCGCAGAAGUACAACGAGGAGACGGGCCAGUGGGAGAAGACGUGGGGUUUCAAUAAGGACGGUCGCAUCGAUCGGAAAGAGAAGGGCAUGGUACAACAGGACUGGCUCGUUGAGGUAGACGAGAAGAAGGAACGUGAAGACAAGGAGGCGAGGCGGAAGGCGAUGAAGGGGAAAAAGAAAUGAAAUUCCCAUAGGUGAGAGAAUGGGAAAGGGUAUGUGUUGAUGAUGGAAUGGCCUCUGCCCACAGCAUUACAGGCGAAGGUGAUUUGCCAUCCCUUACCUGGCAUUAUUCA